CUGUGUUCCUUAGUUGGUGUUCCCCAGCCUAUAAACUGGGACAGCGUGGCAAGGCUAGUUCCAGGAUAUACAUCCAAAGAGGUGAAAUGAGCUAAGAGAGGAAAAUGCCUUUUGCCCUUGUGAUUUAGCAAAGUUGGGAGAAAACAAGCCAGCAGUCUAUUUUCUUGACAUUUGAUUGAACUUGCAGCCUUGCUAUUGGGCGUCACUGUAACCUUGUAUUUGGAGCAUAAAAGCAAAUGAUGGGAAAAAGAAACUUCUGUUAAACGUUACAUCCUUUCAAGUACUUGGCAAGGUGAUUGAAGCAGGGGAUCUCUAGUGUUUACCUUUCAGUUUGCGAGCAGCACAGUGUACAUCAAGCAAUUAUUAACGUAUUGGUGAACGCUCAUUAAGAUGAAAUGAUUAAUACAUGUCUGAUUACUCUGAUUUAAAAGAACAAAGUGUGUCUCAUGGAGAGUAUCUCUUCAAGGCAAUAAAGUAAAUGUCUGUCUCUGCUUCUCUAUAUCUGUUGUAUAAAGAUUUGAGCUAUGUUAAUAUCAGAAGGAUGUCGCUGUGUGCAGCUCUCCCAAAGGGACAGUGUGCAAAAAGGUUUGAUGAACUAAAAAGCAGUGGAAGUUCACCUGUUGACAACCAGUAUAAUCCCCUGAUGGCUGCUGGUGGGAGUCCUGUGGAAACUUUAGCUACGUACAUCAAAUCCUCCUUGCUUGAUACACAGACAGAGUUUCAGGAGCCUGCUAUUGGGCAGGAUUCCAUUACUAUAACUGGAAGGCCUAGCACAACCUCUACGAGGAAUUGUUCUUCAGAAUCUGAAAAGGGUCCUGUACAUAAAGAUGAAGAAAGCACUGACGAAAGUCAGGGGCCAAAUAUGGUAAUCCAUGUCUGUGAUGAAGCAAAAAACCUCAAAGAAGAUUUUGUGUGUCCUCGAGACCUUUUGAUUUCAGAAAUGAAAUACUUUGCUGAAUAUCUGUCAGUGGAUGCCCAGCGCUGGGAAGAAGUGGACAUUUCAGUGCAUUGUGAUGUUCACAUCUUUGACUGGUUGAUAAAAUAUGUUAAAAGGAACACUAAAGAUUGUGAAGCUAAUGAAAUGCCCACUUUAGAACCAUCAAAUGUCAUAUCAAUUCUUAUUUCUUCUGAGUUUUUGAAGAUGGAUUCAUUAGUGGAAAAAUGUAUUCAUUAUUGCCACAAAAAUAUGAAUGCUAUUGUAGCCACACCAUGUAACAUGAAUUGUAUCAAUGCUAAUCUUGUUAUGCACAUUGCUGAUCUCUUCACACACAAUGAAGUAGAAGAGCUGAAGGACAAAAGAGACAAAUUUAAGAGUAAACUUUUCUGCAAGAAGAUUGAGAGGCUGUUUGAUCCGGAGUAUGUAAAUCCAGAUUCUCGAGGAAAUGCGGCAACAUUAUACAGGUGUUGUUUGUGUAAAAAGCUGCUAACUAAAGAAACUGAGAGAAGAAUUCCUUGUGUACCAGGAAAAAUCAACAUAGAUCAACACGGCAAUAUUGUCUAUAUUCAUAUAAGGGACAAAACCUGGGAAGUCCACGAGUACCUAAUUUGUCUUCAUGAGGAACUGAAGUCUUGGCGAGAUGUUUAUUGGCGUCUUUGGGGGACUGUCAAUUGGUUGACCUGCUCCAGAUGUAAUCAAUCCUUCCUGUGUACUGAAUUCUCCCAUUGCCAGUACCACUUGCAGCCAGUUCUUUAUCCAGGUGUAGCAAGUGCUCUGGGUUCAUCUGGGACAGGAGUGUAUCCCUGUUGUAACCAAAAAGUACUUCGAUUUGAUCCUACAACCCUCCCAAAGGGCUGCCAAGUGAGAGAUCACAUGGUAGAUGUGCCCUCAGGCAGUGAAGAUGGAGAUGUUUUGCAGUCUCAGACUACUAAAAUACUGAAUGAUCUGCUUCAUCAUAGAGAUAUUGUUGUUGUUCCUUUCACUAAGGAUGAGAAUAGUGAUUCUGGUAUUGGGCUCUGUGAUGAAAAAGACAUCGAAUGUGAUGUGGUGAUAGAUCCAAAUACACUGUGGGGUCCCAAAACUGGAGAAAUCAAUGCUUUUCUUUCUCUGAAGAACUGGACUUUACAACUGAAACAGCAGUCAUUGUUAUCUGAAGAAGAGGAAUACACCACUGGCUCAGAGGUCACUGAGGAUGAAGUAGGAGAUGAAGAAGAAGUAUGCAGGAAACCAGCAGGGAGAAAGGAGAAAUUAAAGAAAUCAUACAAGCACCCAAGGAAAGUGGUUUCUUCACCUAGUGUUCAGAAAAAGGAGAAGCCAUCUGAUAAGGCAAGUUCUCGAGAUGCAUCUCCAUUCAUUGUGAGUAUGCAGCAGAACAAAUGGGAUGCCUCCAGGUCACUGAGAUUCAACCAAGAUGCUCAAAGAGAAGAUGAUCAGAGGAGAAUGUCUGAGAUUACAAGGCACUUAAUAAAAAUGAGGCUGGGAGACCUUGAUCGAAUCAAGUCAAAAGACAGCAAAGAAUAUGCUGGAGGCAUUUAUUCUAGACUUGAAGCUCAGAUAAAGGCCUCAGCGCAGGUCAAAAUCCCGUUUUGCUCAAGGCCGUCCGACGUAAGGACUCCCGAAAGAACUUCAGCCAGAAUUCAUUACUGCUUCCUGAAGCUGUACUGCACUCUGACAUAUGCAGAAUGCACAUCUCCAAAAGCUUUCCAGUGACUUAUUUAUUACUUUAAUCCGUGUAAAUUAUUUUGUGUGAUAAAUUAAUGCAAAUCCAAAAAGGUCUGUAUUUAUUUUAAUUGUAAAUAUACUGUUUCUUAAAUAGAA